UUUCCCAUCAUGCUUUUCAUCAGCGCAGUCGGUGGAGAGCAACUGCGCCCGACUGAAGAAUCAGAUACAGCCGUCUGGCCGUCGCGAGUUUUUUGACACACGUCAGCAUGACAUCAGAGCAAGGUGGACGUAACUCGGACACAUUUCUUACCGGCAUGCAUCUCGCGCUGAUCACCGGUGAUCGGAUCGGUUCUGCGCAGAAUUUGGCCAUCUCAAACGAGCCUAACAGGUGUGUUCGACUUGACGCGGCGCUGCGCAGAUCGAUCGCAAUCUGACUUGAAGAAGUGCAUGCUGGUUAGAAUUUUUUUUUGUGUUGUUUAAUAAAAUAAAAAUGAAAUGAAUACAGACUCCGUUGGUAAUUUAAUAAUAUAUGCUUAUGUUUACCAUGCUUUUUAGGCACACGGUGUUAAGCAAGCACAUAACAUUUGCAAUAUGAAGAGUUUAUGGUUGCUAUUUUUUUCAUUUAAACGUUUGUUUAUCGGACAAAUCUACUAUUCCAAUCCACUUCAAUCGCACUUUGAAUCGGAAACACGAUGCGAACGUCACUACGGCAAGCAGCGGGUGUCCGGCUUGACUGCUUCUUUCUCAACUCCUCCCUCUACUGCAAGCGGCUAAUCUCGCCGAUCGGUCUGCAAAGCGCCUCAUGAGCUCGAACAAGCCUAAUGCACUACACCCUUGAAAGAGUUGACUUCAAGGGCUCAGCCCUUGGAAGGGAGUAGGGCAUAGGGUUGCUCACUUCCGUUUGGAAAAUGGCCAAAAUCUAAAGCACCCAUGCGGAAGUGCUCCGGUCCUAGUGGUGGCGCAAACAUCCAAACAUUCUCGGUUGCUUGACGAAAACAGACGACGAAUCAAAAACAGUGACGAAAAGAUCAACAGGAAGUUCCACAAGCUUUGUUUAUCAACUUCUCGUCCGUUUUACAAUUUUAACCCUUGUCGGGUUUUAUGCCAUGGCUUUUACGAAAAGAGUUACAUUAUGAUCGUACGAUCUGCAUCGCGAUCGUACGCUUCAUAUGCAUUUACAUACAACGACAGCAAAACUGCUAGAAACUUAAGUUGGGAUAUUUUUGACCAGCUACUCGCCGCUAUACAUCUAAGUGUAAUGUAAGAGUCAGUAACAGUGGUCAAGAUGCCGUGCACAUGUGGGAACUGGAGGAGGUGGAUUCGGCCUCUGGUGGUGGUGCUUUAUAUCCUGCUCCUUUUGGUUAUCCUUCCUCUUUGCAUCUGGGAAAUUCAAAAAUCACAGGUUGCUGCUCAUAACAAGGCGUGGUUCAUUGCUGGGAUAUUUGUGUUCAUGACUAUUCCCAUCUCACUGUGGGGGAUACUGCAGCAUCUAGUACAUUACACCCAACCUGAGCUUCAAAAACCUAUUAUCAGAAUAUUAUGGAUGGUUCCUAUUUUCAGUCUGGAUAGUUGGCUAGCGCUUAAGUAUCCCAGUAUUGCCAUCUAUGUAGACACAUGCAGGGAAUGCUAUGAGGCCUACGUCAUCUACAACUUUAUGAUCUUCCUACUCAACUAUCUGGGAAACCAGUAUCCCAGUCUGGUCCUGAUGCUAGAGGUGCAGGAGCAGCAAAAACAUCUCCCCCCUCUGUGCUGCUGCCCACCAUGGCCCAUGGGAGAAGUGCUGCUGCUGAGAUGUAAACUGGGAGUUCUGCAGUACACCGUUGUGAGGCCUGUCACCACAGUCAUUGCUUUGAUUUGUCAGCUUUGUGGAGUCUAUGACGAAGGCAACUUCAGUUCUAAAAAUGCCUGGACAUACCUGGUUAUCGUCAAUAAUCUUUCUCAGCUUUUUGCAAUGUACUGUCUUGUGCUGUUCUAUAAGGCCCUAAGAGAAGAGCUCAGUCCAAUCAAACCAGUGGGCAAAUUCCUCUGUGUCAAGCUGGUGGUCUUUGUGUCAUUCUGGCAAGCUGUGGUCAUUGCACUCUUAGUGAAGGUGGGUGUAAUCUCAGACUCUCACACCUGGGACUGGGAUAGCGUGGAGGCUGUAGCCACUGGAUUACAGGACUUCAUUAUCUGUGUGGAGAUGUUUUUAGCAGCCAUUGCCCACCACUUCAGCUUUACUUACAAGCCCUACAUACAGGAAGCAGAGGAAGGUUCCUGCUUUGAUUCUUUUUUGGCCAUGUGGGAUAUCUCAGAUAUACGGGCUGACAUUUCGGAGCAAGUGCGUAAUGUUGGGAGGACUGUUAUGGGUCGACCGAGGAAAACGUAUUUUGGUGAAGAGGCUUACCAGGAUGAGAACACUGGACUGCUGUCAGACGGUUCUCUUGAACCUGGAGCUGAAGCCUCCUCCACUCCUGCAUCACCCAAAGGCCGAUACCAAGGCAUGGGCCACACCUCAACCCCCCACUCCGUUUCCGCUCCCGCCAACCUCGGAUGUGAGGCAUGGGAGGGAGACGUGGACGACAUCACUCCUAAUGUGAUAUCCAGCGAUCAUAAAGACGAACAGGGCUCGGACUAUACGGAAAUCACUUAGCAUGCCAUGAGCUACAGCUACCAAAGCUUUUAUUAUGUAAAUGGUGCAUAAGCUAUCGUCUGGAAUAUAUGCAACCACUGUAAACUCCGGUAACUGCUAUCAGUUAGAUACCAAUGGUUAAUGUGGAUUCAGAAAGGCUUGGUGGAGCUUUGGUAGCAAGAACAUAUUUGAAGGACUUUGUAACAGGUUAGGAUAUUUGUUUUUAUCCUUUUGGCAUUACUUUGCUGAAAACACGACCAAAAUAUUAACUGACUUUAGAGCCAAGCAACACACCAAUACUAAUUUUAAAGGAAUACUCAACCCAAAACUAAAAUGUACCCCAUAAUUUACUCACCCUCAUGCUAUCCUAUGUGUAUAUGACUUCACUUUUUAGCCCAACGCAAUCUGAAGCAGAGCAUGUGAGCGGAGCGUGUGAAAUAUAGUCAGAGCGCGGAGCGGGUUUUUAUCCAAAGGCCGGAGCGAGACCGAGCGUUCCGCUCCGAUACCGCUCACACCACAAGUCUAGGGCAUGCACAAAUCCACCCAGAUCCACCGAUCGCAGCUGAAGCAUAGACUAGAAUGACCGCGAUCAGUUCCGGUAACGUAACGUGCCGCAGAUGCGUGCGGUGUAAACGAGGGGUAAGGCUUCGGUUGAAAGCGGCAGGUGUUAGGCAUGCAGAGGAAUUUUUUAUUUGAGCAAGCGCGGAGCGAUUUCACCGGAGCGGGAUGAAAUUGUAGGUGAGCGGGGAGCGGAGCGGUCUGGUGUGACUUUGAGCGGUGGAGUGGGUGGUGGAAAUUCUCACCGCUCAGCUCCGCUCACAUGCUCUGAUCUGAGGUAUGUAAUAAAAUCUUGUCUGUUUCUAGAUUUGUAAUGACUUUGAAUUGUGCCCCAUUCUGAAGCUCCAGAAAGCACACAUAUCCAUAUGACGGGGUUAACAAAUAUCUUCUGAAGCGAAACAAUGCAUUUCUGAGUAAAAUGAUUUGUAUUUUGAGGUUAUUUAGCCAAGAUAGGUCUAGUUAGAAUUUGUAUAGCAUGUAGAUAAAGAAGUACAUCUGUAAUUGUGGCACGCUGGCCCCACGGCUCUUGUGUGUCUCAAUAUGUGAACCAAUGAGAUGCGACCUUGAGAUUCUUGGAGCUCGCAUACCGCCAUAUCUUGGGUAAAUAAGCUCAAAAUAUGAAUAGUUUUGGUUCAGAAACAUUAACCGCGUGGAGUUGUUUUAUGAUAGAUACUGUAUCUGCGCUUUUGGAGCUUCAAAAUGGGGCACUUAGAAACUUAGAAAUAGAUUUUAAUUAAUAUAACUGCAUUUUUUUAGCUAAAAAAAGGAAGACAUACAUCUAGAAUGACACAAGUAAAAGGUAAUUAUGGGGUAAAUUUCAUUUUUGGGUGAACUAUUCCUUUAAUGGUUCUCAUAACAAGUUGACCAUUCAGUUAAGAUAGCCGUACGAAUGUCGACAUAUUAAUGACACUACUUUAAAAUUCUGUUCAUGUUAUACUGAAGAUGUUAGUAAGUCAUUUUAACUAUUUUGUUUUAAUAUCAGUGUUACGUUCUCAGUUUAUCUGUUAAACACUUUUUAACUGACGGUUGAGGAGAAAACCGAAUUGCCAGGUUCUCAUGAGAUUUGAUACAGUUGUCACAGUUGAACAUAUGCAUGCUAUAUAGAACAUCCACAAGUGUAUAUUACAAGUGUAAGAUAAGCUGUAAAGCGCACAAUGCUAAAGCCCUCAUAUCUCUGUUCUCUCACUUUAGAGCAUAGCAACUGCUCCUGGACAGCUUGUCUUCAUAUACCUGCAUCCAAACAUGAUGCUAUACAUUGUUAUUAGAUUUUUCUUGUCAAAAUUUAUUUUCAGGUAAAACAUUUUUAUUUUGUACUGUUUUAUCAACUAGAAAGCUAUUAAAACCGAGAUAUUGAAAUCCUGUUUUAAGAUCACUUUGACGAAAUGAUGCAAUGUGUAGAUGUCAGCCAAAGUUGUCUUAUUUGAAUUAAGAAAUUGUAUUUUUCUUGUCACAAAUCUCUUUCACACGAAGUACAAAAAUCUGAUACUUAGCAUACAGGCAGUCAUCUAUUACAGAUGUGGAUGGGGUGGGGAAUCCUGGUGUUUUAUGAACUGUCAUAUGUAUCUUCCUGCAAUGGGUUGAACAGCUGUUGCAUUGCCUUAUUUACCAAUGGCCAUCACAAAUGAUUAAAGUUCACAUGGGAAUGUGCA